GAUUCACGUGGAUAAACACGUUUAGUGCUUACACGUUUUCAGCAACGGGAUCUUGAUGUCGGAUACAUUCAUGGAUGCGUCUGGUUUUAAAAUGGACAUUUUCCUGAUUCCUAACAGAAAGCAACUUGACGUAGUGUAUAUAUUGUGUGAAUUAUGAGUUCUUGGAUAUAAACAGAAGCUUAAUGGGUCGGUUUGUGAGCACAUUAGCUGAUUCAGUGCGGACUGUCACAGGGUCCGCUGUCACAGUGAUAUUUACUUUGUGAAUCCUGUUGUUUUGGUUGCCUAUGUAUAUGUUACUGCUGCAUACAAGAUAUAAUUAUGAUCCUUGUUCAUCUUUGCUGCAUUUUAUACCCAGAAAGUGAAAUACAUUGAGUGAUUUUGUACUUGAAGAAAACCCCUGUCAUCAAUGCCAACAUGGCCUGUGAACCAGAUUCCAACUAUGGCUCUUAUUGUUUAAGCACUGUCCAGAGCAGCAGUAGCAGUAUCAGCAUGUCGUUGAACGAGAGUGACCUGGUGGAGGACCAACCAUCCACCAGUGGUUGCAGUAGUGAACAGCCUUACACUAAGAAGUUAGCACUGAGGAAAAGUCGUAAGGAGCAGGUAAAACGCUACCUGAAAGAAUUAAAAGGACUUGUUGUACAACCUUCGGGCAACUUGGGGACACUGUCCGCUCUCCAGCAGGUUGUCGACACAUUCAAACAGAUAAAAGAGGAAAAAGAAUUGUCGUCUAAACUUGCCAAACAGGAAAAUGAGUUUAACCUUCCGUUUGAUGAGCAGAAUGACCUUAACUCAGUGUGUUUGAACCAUGAGGAAGCCUUGUUUUUCACUCUGAGGUACCCAGACCUUAACAUUGGUGCAGUAUCUAAGAACAUUACAGAUGUACUGGGCUAUCCAGAGCCGGACUAUCUGGUUGGAAGGGAUAUUUGUAACUUUGUCCACAAGAAGGACAUUGUGACUAUGAACAGCAGCAUGUCUGUUCACCAGGAAAUGAGGGAUGAAGAUGGACUCAGCAGCAGUGACAACAACGAAGGAGAAGGCAGAUUCCAAAUUCAGAAAAAACUCUUUUACUUCAGGCUGAGGAAAUACAAGGUUCUGACAGGGGGAUUCAGCCUUUCCUCAAAGGAAACGGAGUUCCAGACAUUUCAGGCGACAGUUGCCCAGCAACCGAAUGUCUCAGAUCCCACACACAAAAAGAAAAACAAGUUGUCAGUUGUGCUGAAAUGUGUGCCAAUGAGAUCGGCGUAUGAAAGUGAGAAGUUACAGAAUAUGACAUUUUCAACCCGACACAGUUUAUUCUGUAGCUACAGCCAUAUUGAUUCCAAGGCUAUUCCAUUGUUGGGGUUCCUCCCUCAGGAUAUUGUUGGCAUGUCGAUCUUUGAUUUUUACCAUCCGGAUGACAUUGAGUUGCUGUAUGGUAUCUACCAGCAAGUUGUCAACACAGAGACUGUUCCAUUUGAAAGUCCUCCGUUUCGGUUCCGGGUGCGUAACGGAGCUUGGGUGUACGUUAAGACAGAAUGGUCAAGAUUUGUGAACCCCUGGUCCCACAGACUGGAGUUUGUAAUUGGCCAGCAUACGGUCAUCAAGGGACCAACAAGAAAAAACAUUUUCGGCCAAAUGUUGAACCAGAAUGUGAAUGUCAACUUGUCUGAUAACCUUGCAAGACUCAAGCAGAUGAUACGUGACUUACUUUUAAAGCCUUUGGUAUCCGUUCAGAUAGCCACACCAAAUCAAACUAUUGAGAAACACAGAUUAAACGAAGAGUGGACAGACCCGGAUGGCCCUGUCAAGGAGCACUCCAUUACUUAUGUUGAUGAUUCUAAUGCAAGCAGUUCUGUGUCUACAAAUAGAGAAACCCUCUCGUACGAUCACUUGAAUUAUACAAGCAACAUAAAGAGAUUCCUGCUUAGCCAGAAAAACACGAUUUAUUCUCCGUUCUCCGAGAAGAAGAGUGCCAGUUCUACUGAGGAGGAACAGCAUGAAAGCUCAUCCUGUGACUCGUUGUUAGAAGUUGACAUUUCUGUCCCCAUGCCUCCCAGUUUUGGUAGCAGUACCAAGGUGCUGUUGUCGGAACAGGAGCGAGAGGAGAGCGGUGUAGCAGUGUUUACUCUGCUUGACUCUGAUAUGGCCACACAGCCUAAGAAUAUAACGACUGUACCUCAGAGCUCUAGACCGAACUCUCCCAGUUAUGUAAUGGGCAAAGAGGUCGAACCAAAGGUGCAUGUACAGCAGGACAAGGGCAUGUUUUCACUGAUGUCACUGACACAGGAAAUGCUAUGGAAGCACACACGCAGGGAGGAAACCAUGUUCAUAGAACAGGCUAAGGAUGAGAACAAUCCAAUGUCUUUCAAACUUAAUGGAAAGCGCCUGCAUUCCCUUGAUCCUAGUAGUGAUAAUAAGUGGGACAUAAUCAAGAACAUCAAAAUUCAGAAAAAACAGGUGGAUGAGAAGAAGAAACAGAAGAGUUAUGGCAAAGCUGUUCCACAAGCUCCUGUUGGUAAUUCGUUCAGUCAACCAAUGUUUUUGCCUAUAAACAGACGUAUGGGUGUGUAUCAACACCUGGGGAUGCCUUUUGUACAGGUGGAUCCAGUCAAUAUUCCCAUCAAGCUGAAUAUUAUGACUGCUCCAACAGACAUGAUGACCUCCACACCCAGUACAACCUCGAACAACAUGCAGUGGCCUUACUACCCUCAGUCAGGCGUUUCCUUCAUCCCCCAAGUGAUGGGAGGGUUUUUUCAGCCGGGGAUCGGAGCUUUCCAACCAAUCAGUAAGCAAAAUCAGAAUGUGCCACUGCUGCAGCCGGGAAAUGUUCCUCAUCCCAUGCCAAGUACCUCAUCUGUUGGUGAAUCUCAACCCCUGAUCCAUGUCCCUGUACCAAAGAAAGGUGGCACUGUUCCGCAGACCCAAACCUUCGCAGCCACACCCAUGGAUUUGAUUAGAAGUAGUUUAUCCUCCUCGCAGUCGUCCUCGAUGGAGGAGACAAGCUCAUCACUCCUUUACAUGUUAGAGUUUGGAAGUCCCAAUCGGAGCUUCACCAGCAUUGAGGAUGUGGAUAAACCAAAGAGGGUGGAGGCACCAUCUUGGCUCAGUGGUACCCAUUGGUCAUCUCCAGUCUGUAUGCGGUACACAAUACCAAAAAAGAAGCUCAAUAAAACUCUACUGGAAGACAGGGAGGCUUUGGGUAACUUGUCACAGCCAGAUCUGCUGCUCAGUCAAAUGGCCAUGUUAGAGGAGGAGUUGGACCAGCCCCCUCUGCUUGAUAUGUUUGAAGAUGACACAUUCCUGAUGUGCCCAGAUACAGAAAUAGAUGAUCAAAUGUCAGCAAAUUUUGAGGACCAAACUGAUGAUAGCUUAAACAAGACUCAUGUUUUGGAGGAUACCAAUCUCAGUACACUUUUUACCAAAAAGGCUGAAAUGUUGGAUGAAAACAUUCAGAACGAGCAGCAAAAGUCUGUAGAAUCAUAUCCUGGGAGCGAUGAUAGGGAUUCACUAAUAGACGAUGACUCCUGUUACUCAAAGUGUAGCGAUAUGACUCCAAGCGAUGAGCGUAGUGUUGAAGAAGCAGACAGCUCCCUCAAGGAGUCGGAUGAGUCAGAUAUGGGCUGUACUGCAAAGAGUUUUCUGUCGAGAAUAAAACAUGACGUUCCUCUAAAACUUGUUGACGCCAGGUUCAAAAAGUUUUUUGCUCCACUACCUAUUAAUUUUGCAGACCCUAAAAAAGAUGGUCCCCCUUGGAUGACUAAUGCUGUUGUUAAUCUGUAUACAAAGAUGAAAUACUGCAUCUCACCAAAAUCAGUUGAAAGGUGUUUGACUGAGGACAGAAGGAAGCUACAGUAUAUGCCUCAAUCAGAUUUGGUCAUUGAGCAGUUAAAUAGUUUCAUUGAAGACAAAGAAGCUCCACAAUUUAAAGGACCUGGAAGUAUUCUAUUAAAAUCAUCUUCCCAAAAACAGCGGAAUACUUACUUGAGGGUUCCAGAGUCAUUACCUGUUCCCCACAGUGGUCCGACAUCCGAGUCUCAACGUGGACGAUACUCACAAAUCAAACAUUCUGUCAGUACGUGGCAAACCCCAGACUCGAUUACAGAGACUCUGGUUAAGUAUAUGUUCCCAAUUGAGCCUGGUUCUUCUUCUGUUCCUGUCAUACCAGUUCCCUCGACUGUGUCUGCGUCUGUAAGCAGUGCCCAAACAAUCAUAAGUAACAAAGAAAGACCGUGGCACGAGAGCAUGGACCUGUAGCAUGCCAACAGUCUCGUGGUCUUGAUGAUAAAAAUAGUAUUGCAUCCCUGAGGGGCAUUUAUUUGCCUGAAUACAAACAUAUCCCUUUAUAUUUCUCAUCAGUAAAAGCACAAAUUUCGAAUGAAAUUUUCGCACAUAUUUCUUAACGAAUAUAUGCAUAACAUAUUUUAUCUAUUUCUGACCAUAUAGAUUGGGGUGAUGUUGGGGAUGACAAUACCAGUGUAUGUCUAGUCCAUUCCUGGUUCAGUGCCAUCACUUUAUGAGCUUCAGUUUUUAUCAAGGUCAAGUAGGAGAAUAUCUUCGAUGAGUUCAUAUUUCAGGGUUCCAUGGUCAGUAUGACCCUUAAUAGAACAAUUUUGUCACAGCUCUAGGGACUUCAUGUCUGAACAGAUUUUUCAUCAAACUGAUAUUAAGUAUUGUAAACUUUGAAUGAGUUUGUAUUUGACAAUGUCUAGGUCAGAGUAAAUUUAUAUUAAUAGGAAAUUGUCAAUCAAAACUAAUUUACUUGGCAGCAGGGGGGGUGUAUUCAUGGUUUACUGACGUUUUAAAUUUAUCCCAUAAUUUAUACAUCUUCAGUUGUUAAAAGUUCUUUUUUUGUGGCCUGAUAUUUUUUUGUAAAUAUGCUUAUAACUAGGGAUGUCACAAUACGCCAGGAGUGUAUCACGAUGUAUUGCAAUACAGAAUGAAUAUAUUGCGAUACGUAUCCCGAUAUAUUGUCAUAGGAAAGAUGUGCUCGAUUUUAUAAUAAGUUGUUGUCAGUAUGUUAUCAAGCUUAAUCAUAUAUAAUAUGGAUCACAUAGAUUUAAGAGUUUUGUCAAACUAACCAUUGAUUACAAAUUUGAACUAAUUCCCAACACUAGCCUGUUUUAUGCUUAUUUGCAUAUAUGUUAGAAUUUGUAGUAAUUUGCAAAGUUAAAUUACCAAGUAGAAUGAGAUACAUAAAAAUAAGCUCUUAAAAAAAUAUUACGAUACAGCAAUAUUUCUUCUCUGUAUUGUGGUACAAUACGAUAUACCCAUGUAUUGCAUUAUACCUGUUUUCCGAUAUAUUGUGACAGCCCUACUUAUAACAUACCAUUUUCCACUGAUCAAAUUUAAAGAUUCAGACUUUUUUUGAUUUCUAAUUUCCAUUCAGUCUAAAUGUUACCGUUGAUUUCCAUUCAAUGUAAAUGUUACCGUUGAUUUCCAUUUGGUGUAAAUGUUACCGUUGAUUUCCAUUCAGUGUAAAUGUUACCGUUGAUUUCCAUUCAUUGUAAAAGUUACUGUUGAUUUCCAUUCAGUGUAAAUGUUACCGUUGAUUUCCAUUCAGUGUAAAUGUUACUGUUGAUUUCCAUUCAGUGUAAAUGUUACCCUUGAUUUCCAUUCAGUGUAAAUGUUACCCUUGAUUUCCGUUCAGUGUAAAUGUUACCCUUGAUUUCCAUUCAGUGUAAAUGUUACUGUUGAUUUCCAUUCAGUGUAAAUGUUACUGUUGAUUUCCAUUCAGUGUAAAUGUUACCCUUGAUUUCCAUUCAGUGUAAAUGUUACCCUUGAUUUCCAUUCAGUGUAAAUGUUACCCUUGAUUUCCAUUCAGUGUAAAUGUUACCGUUGAUUUCCAUUCAGUGUAAAUGUUACUGUUGAUUUCCAUUCAGUGUAAAUGUUACCCUUGAUUUCCAUUCAGUUUAAAUGUUACCCUUGAUUUCCAUUCAGUGUAAAUGUUACCGUUUAUUUCCAUUCAGUGUAAAUGUUACUGUUGAUUUCCAUUCAGUGUAAAUGUUACCGUUGAUUUCCAUUCAGUCUAAAUGGUACCGUUGAUUUCCAUUCAGUGUU